UAUUCACAGGCUCUGAAGGCUGCAGGCCAGGUUUGGCUUCUGUCAAAUUUUGAUUCACAGGAGGACAUAGCAUACCCAAAUGACCCUAGGGUGCUCAUUAAGGUGGAUGAUGAUUUGAAGCAGCUCUUCCGGGGAAUCGAGCUGCCCCGUGAUAUGGUUGAUAUUGAGAGAGAUCUUCAGAAGAAUGGGAUGAAACCUGCAACAAACACUGCCAAGAGGAGGGCCAUGGCCCAGGUGCAUGGAGCUGGCUCCAAACCCAAGCCAAAGAAGAAGCAGCGUGAGAUCAGCAAGAGAACUAAGUUGACGAACGCCCAUCUUCCGGAGCUCUUCCAGAACUUGAACGUCCCCGACACCUGAGGGUAGAAUAUGAUAAACGAUCUUCUUUCUUCU